CGAGCGCGGGGCAGCUGAGGUGACGGGAAGCUCCGGGGCCCCGCCCCCGGGAUCUCUCCUCACCCUGGGCCUGGCGGCAGCUCCGGAGCGGGUUGUACCUCGCCCCUCCACAGCUGUGCCCGAGCUUGCCGGCGGAGGAGCUGCUGCGGCAAAGGCAGGCGCCGAGGGGAACAUGGCGGAGAGGUGAGAGGAAGGGAGGCGAGGCCGGGCUCGGCCCCACGGGCUUCAUCCGUCCCGCCGCGUCUUGACAGGAACCCGCGCGCCGCCCCCCGGCGCGGCAGUUACUCGGGGUGGGGCGCCGAGGGCGGCUCUGGCGUCGGAGGCGCGGGUUGGGCGACGGGGCUGUCAGUCAGCGCCCACCGCCCGCGCUGUACCGGCGAGCCCGGAACCUGCGGGCGGCGGUGGUCGCGUGGCGGCUGCGGCCGGUGGAUGCGCCCGGGAGAGCUGCGUUGGGGCACGGGCAGCCGUCUGAGCGAGAAGUAAGUGCUGCCGCCGCCAGAGGGGCGCGCCAGCCGCCUCCGGGGAGCGUGCGGGGGAGCGCCGCGGGGGGCUCGUCUGGGCGGCGGCUGCCGCUGGCCCUUCCGCCGUGGCACCGGCUGAGCCGGGCAGGGUGCCAUGCUGCGGGGCACAGGGAGCGGAGCCGGGCCCGGCUUGACAAGCCUGCUUAAGGGACAGCUCUCGCAGCAGCGGGAAGACGGAGCCGUGGGGGCAGGAAGGCCGUGAGGCGGCUCCGCGAGGAAAGGCCCGCGGGGGCUGUAAGGAUAUUCUCUGUUCCUGAAGGAAGGUGCUCCUAUUUGUGGAGUGACUUACGAUGUCAAGAACUGUAUCAUCCUGGAUCUUAAGCUCAGCAAGAAACAGCAUUGUUUUACAAGGAAAAGGACGUUUGUACUCAAUCUGUAUCCCAAAUAGAAACAAGAUAAAAUGGAAGUUUGUUUUCUCCAAAAUGCGUCUCAACCCUGCUGGGAGCUGCAGCUUAGACAAUACUUUCUCCUUAAAAAAAGCAUUCCGACACACUUCCACUGAAGAAGAACACUUUUCUUUCCAGUUGUCUCCAUCACAAAUCAAUGACAUACUCAGAGCAGGUGAAUUAUCCCAUAAAAUACUGGAUUUGAAUGGUAAAAAUGCAAAUUCUGUCUUGAGGUUUGAAAGUAACCAGUUGGCAUCCAACACCCCUAUCGAAGACCGCAGAAGUGCAGCCACUUGCUUGCAGACCACGGGGAUGAUGUUUGGAGUCUUUGAUGGUCAUGCAGGUUCUGCGUGUGCUCAGGCAGUAAGUGAGAGACUACUUCAUUAUAUAGCGGUUUCUCUCAUGUCUCGGCAAACCUUGGAAGAGAUCGAGCUUGCUGUGGAGUGCAUGAAACCAGUUCUGCCUAUUCUGCAGUGGCACAAGCAUCCAAAUGAUGUAGAGUAUCGAGAAAUAACUUCACAAUAUUUUGAGAACCUCCGGGUUUACUGGCAACAUUUAUUGGACCUAGACAGUGAGCCAGGAUUUAGUUUAGAAGAAGCCAUGAUAUGUGCAUUCAAAAGGUUAGACUCGGACAUAUCGCUGGAAGUUCAGGCUCCCCAGGAAAACGAAUUGAUGAGAAAUAUUGCCCUUCAAGUAGCUUUUUCUGGUGCAACAGCUUGUGUAGCUCACGUUGACGGUGUUCACUUACAUGUUGCAAAUACCGGUGAUUGCAGAGCAAUUUUAGGGGUUCAUGAAGAAGAUGGAACAUGGUCUACGCUCCCUCUAACCCGAGACCACAAUGCCUUUGAUGAAUUUGAAAUCAGAAGAUUGAAGAGAGAACAUCCUAGAUCUGAGGAGAAAACCCUAUUUGUGAAUGACAGAUUACUGGGGAUUCUCAUGCCCUCCAGAGCUUUUGGAGAUGUGCAAUUAAAAUGGAGUAAAGAAUUGCAACACAGUGUUCUCGAGAACAGCUGUGAUGUUGAGGCUUUAAAUAUUUAUCAGUAUGUUCCUCCAAACUACCAUACACCCCCUUAUUUAACUGCAGAGCCUGAAGUCACAUACCACAAAUUAAGAAGCAAGGAUAAGUUUCUAGUUAUUGCUUCGGACGGACUGUGGGAGAUGCUAAGUAAUGAGAAGGUUGUAAAGCUUGUUGCUGGACACCUUACAGAGAUUAACAUGCAGAAACCACAACUGGCUUUUGAGAAACCGGUGAAUUUGGGUUAUAUGCACAGCUUGUUACUUCAGAGGAAAAACAGAGGCAUUGCCUCACUUGACCAGAACAUAGCUACUCAUUUAAUAAGGCAUGCAAUUGGAAGUAAUGAGUAUGGGGAGGUGGACCAAGAGAAACUUGCUGCAAUGCUGACACUGCCUGAAGACCUUGCAAGAAUGUACAGAGAUGAUAUCACAGUUACUGUGGUGUAUUUUAAUUCAGAAACAAUUGAAAAUUAUUACAGAAACAAUGAAUAGUCUUGCGCUGCUGCUGUUCUAUACCACUAGCCAACUUUGAUACUGAAACCAUUACUGUCUUUCUCUGAUAGUCAAGCUGUUACCAGUGUUAUGGCAUGGAAGUUCCUAAAUGUUGUUGUUACUAGUCUUGAAAAUAACUUUCUAGAAGUGAGUUUGGUGAAAGUUCUCUGGGUUUCUAGGUCUGUAUGCACUGAAGAAAAAUGUUUUGAUAAAAGUUCACUGAAAUGUAACUGAACUGAAGAUUGCUGACCCAGUUCUGAUUCCAUGGGAACAACUGGUAAAACUUUCCAAAUGGACAAAUGAGACAAAUUUCACUGAGACUGGUACAAUUUAAUAGAGAGAUGGAUAAUACCUGUAGCUGCAUAGAGUGUAAGAAAGGCUCCGCUCUUGUGGAAAAUGAGUAGCAUCCUAUUGAAGCACUGUAAUUGAAUUAAAUAAAUAAACUACCAAACCUUA